UGUAAAUGAAAAUGAAAGUAAAUGGAUAACCCACUGUAAGCUAUAUAACGUCAGUUACUUGCUCAGAUUUUCAGUGUGAACCAUGUAAAGAAGCAGAGCAAACAAGAUGCAUCAUGUUUUGCCCUGAAUGUGGAUAUCAAGUGGAAAGUUCAUAUAAAUUCUGUCCUAACUGUGGCUGCAAGUUACCUGCCUUGACUCAAAAUGAAACCCAAGAUGUGGCCACAUCAGCAGCAGGUCAACCAUCAGUCGCUGCUAAGGAGAAGAACCAAAAGGAGGAGGGAGACCCAGCUCCAAAAUGCAUUAAAGAAGAACAAGAAAACACUGCCCAGAUAAAGCAGCCGGUUUGUGAUGACCCAGAGCCAGCCAGAGAUGACGCUGAACCACAGGACCCAUCACAUAACGCUGCCAGCCCAGCCACACUGGAAAAUGGAGCCACAACCUCAUCCCCCAGUCAGACAGUCUCAGUUGGCGAGUCAGUCACUACCACAAAGUCACAAGUCACAGACCCUUGCAAGCAGGAAGAGAGGCUAUCUACAACAGCUUGUGAAAGUUACUCUCAAUCAUGCAGUGAGGUGUCCCCUGGAUCAGACAUGUCUGUUUCCACAACACAGCCCUCCCCUACACCUGCCAGUGAUAAACUGACAGAGGAACAACCAGCUCCAUCAGAUAUUAGUACAGAGAACAGUCCCUGUGCAGAUUCCUGCUGACAAGCCAAGUGACGUUCCUUCUGAGCUGUCUACUUCUGCGUCAUCACCAACAUUAACUAAAGAAACCAGCUCCACUGCACCUGAAUCGUCUGAGCAAACCCCUCAAGAAUGUGAUUCAGUAGCAAAACAGUCUGCCAGUGAACAAGAUAAAGAUAAAAGAAUCCAUCCUGAGACACAAAAUCUCUCUGGGAGGCCAAAGGAGAUUGAACAUCACACCAAGGCUGAACAGCAUGCAUUCCCUAAACAAACAGACAGAAAACAAGGCCAAGCAGCCAGAGAUGAGAGAGGCUGUAGCUCAGAUGACCCAAAUAAAAAACCCAAACCCAAGAAAUCUGAUGAUUCUGCUGAUCCAUGUCCAGUAACAAUGCAAACAGCUAAAAGCAGUGAGGCUGUUGACACAAGAUCUGAUGAAAAAACAAACACAAACCUAACAGAGAGACAGGAACGGCAGCCAGGCAAAGGGGAUGUAGAUGUCUCCAGGUCACCAGUGCUCACCUACCCUCUCAGUCAGAGUGAUGAAAAAAUGGGUCUUGUGGCAGCAAAUAUUUUGAAAGCAUCUACUGAACAUCAAGCACCAAAAACUGAAUGUAUGACAGUGUACUUCCAUGCUGUCACUGCCAAAGACUUGGAUCCAGGGAAGGAUAGGAUUUUCUUAAGGUCUGAAAAGUUGCUUGGAACAUGGGAUCAAAAUGUCCUGGAAAUGUUGUUCUCUAGGCCACUAGGGGACAAAAGAUAUCUUGUUGAAGGACAAGUUCAGAUUCCCAAGAACAUCAUUGAUGAGAGCAUACCCUACAAAUACGUCAUUUUCAAGCAAAGUGAAAAUGGCUAUCAGGGCAUGUAUGAGACCAUCUACCAGAAAGAUGGAAAUCAAUAUGUCAACAGGUGCCUGAAAAUCAAAGAGGAAUUUUUAACACAUGAAGGAGAGUGGCACCAGUAUGAUGAUGUGAUUUAUCUGGAGGUGAAGAAGAAUAUCUGGUACGGAGAGUUUUCAACCAAAGAAGUUGUAAUGAAAGGGAGAGACCUAGCUGGCAGAGUGAUGCUGGAUAUCAUCUUUGACCUUCUUACAUCUUGGAAUGAACCAAAUGUGGACAACUUCUUUUUCCUGCUACAACAGUUCUUCUAUACAUACAGCUAUCCUGUACUCCAUGAUGGCAGGGAAAGGUCGUGGGGAUUACCCUACGGUAGUGAACAGGUGGAAAAGCUGCUCAGAUGUGCUCUGGAGGACAACAUCAAGCCCACAAAGCAGAAGGAAACUCUCUUACCACCUCUGCAUGCAGGACUUGUCAGUUUGCUCAUUUACAACAAAUAUCUGAAAGAUGACAUGAGAGAUCAACUUUCUAGUUUAUGUGAUCUUCUUUGCCUGCCUAAGAAACCACAACACCAUUUCCUCUCUUUCUGGAAAACAUUUGCAAGCCCUUUAUCAGAUAAAAACAGCGUUGCAGAUGCUGUUGAGAUGAUGUGCAACAAUGCUAGACAACGUCAUAUUGAGAAGUGGGUCUUGGUCAUCCCUCUGGUUCACCUACUGAGAGGAGAAAGUAAGCCAUUCCAGCCAGUUCCACCUGUCUUGAAUCCACAGUUUGACUCCUGGACAGGCUUGAAGGGGAGCAACGGAGCACAUGUUUACAGGGACGGUAAUACAGGGAGUGUGAUCUUGAUCAUGAGAGAACAUGCUUACCUGGCAGAGAUCGAUCGUCUUCUUGUGCACUCUUGGAUGUCUCUCCUGCGUGUAGAAGAUCUAGUGAGCUUCACGUCCAUAUUCAGUGUGCAAGAGGAGCUUCUAGACAUUCUUCAUUACAUACAGUUCAGUAUUAAAUCUGGAAUAACCAACUACAAGGCUUUGAAAGAGUUGGCAUCUCAACUUAUAAUGAAAGAAAGACAAUGGCAUAAAAGAUUUGAUGACAAAUAUGGAGAGGUUUGCCUGAUAACUGCAGCGAGGCUUCUUGGUUCUAUCUGCCGUCAAAUAACAGAUCCAGACUGCUGUGGUGUUCCUAUUUCCUUCCUUGAUCUCGUCUGUCUGAUUGCCAAGGCCUACGAUCACACUAAGUCCCAGUCAAGAGAGAGAAUUCACGAAGAGUCAAUCGGGGAUGUAUUACAAACAGUGAGGGAAUGGCGGAGAAAAACCUUCAGAAACAAACUGCUUAAUGACUGGAAUCGUACCGAGUUCUCUGUACCCCAUGAAAUUAAGGUGUGGGAGAAGUUACUCUCACUGUCCUUCAGUCAUGAGGAACACACUUCAUCCUGGAGAAUCGCCUUCAUGGAGGAUUUUGAAGGAAAACUAAAACGAGAACAGCCAGUGGAUCAGAUCGGAAUAUACUCUAGCAAAAUGGAAGAAAUGAGCAAGACAAGUCCACUGCUAUGCAGCGCAAUGGAGAAAUGUGCAUUGGAGGCGAUUGCAGUUAUUUGUCAGGACAAAUCUGGCAGAGCUGUUUCAAAUCUAUUGGAGAAACAUGACAUCACAAAAUUUGGGAACCUGAUGUCUGUUGUUAUACUGAAGACAUGGCCCACAGAUGCAAAUGGAGAUUAUGUUGAAGGCCAGGACUUGAUUUUUGAGUACCUUGUGAAUUGGCCCAUGGCCAAAACUGUCUUCCAAUUGACAGGUGCAAGAGGAAGACUGAUCGACAAAUUGUCAGAUGAAGCACAAAUCAGGCUGACUUUGGCGAGUUCAGCAUUCAAAUCUGUGACAGAGAAGUUCCUCAGUGGAGAGAUCCAAAAUAAAACUUUAAACCAAAUACUCCAGAGAAAACGAGAAUUUGUUGACUUGCUGAAGAUAGACGGCCUCUGUGAUGAUGGUCGUUGCAAAGAUGACAGAACCAUGAGAAGAUUACUGAGACUAAGAAAUGAUGAAGUAGAAGCUGUCUAUAGAGAGAAGGAGAUGGUCAAGGAUCUUCUCCAAAUCUGCCAGGAGCUUCCACAACAUGUCAGAGUUGACUUCAAGGGAUUGGAUGAAAAACUUCAUCAGAACAUUGAGAUGAUGAAUCUGAAUGAAUUCAUGAAGGUUCACACGCUUGAUGGACAGACCUCUCAGGCAGUGGCGCAGGUCACUUAUUUCAACCUUUGUGAUAUCACCCAUCAAAUGGCUUCAGAACUGCAUGCCGUUAAAGACAGUGCAAUCUUCAAAAUGUGCUGGAUGAACCAAGUGGAAGAGUUGUCAAGAGACCAACCUGAUACAGAUGACACUGAACAUCUAAGGAACACAGAGGAAAUCUACACUCUCGAUCUGGUCUACAGCAAAAUAUUCCAGAGCUGCUACAGCAAGUAUAAAGGGCUUUAUGAUGGUCUGAAGAGUGGGGAACUGUUACUGGAGGAAAUAGACAGCAUCUUUGAAGACUAUAAAGGAAAUCACAAAGACUUGCAGAAAGAGUUAGACAUCAUGUGCACAAUAGAUCCGUCUGAUAACAGGAGAUGGAUCAGAGGAAGGAUUCAGCAGAUUCAACAGUACCAUGAACUUCAUCUCGCAAUGGAAUCUGCCAAAAUCAUCAUGGAUGUCAGGAACACAAUAUGUCCAGAAGGAGACUUCCGCAUACUGGAGAAACUGCUGCAAAUGAAUCAAGCAGACUUUAAGAAAAACAAACUGAAUUGCAUAGAUGAUACCUUCAUAAAGGCCAAACAGAUUCUGAUGGACAUUACAAAUGAUCGCAGGGAAUGUCUUCAGAAACUCAGUCACAGCCUAGAGUUCGUCCAGUGGGUUAAAAAAGAACUUGAAGAUAUCAAUGAGCUGAAAGUUUUUGUUGACCUCGCAUCCAUCUCUGCUGGAGAAAAUGACCUUGAUGUGGAUCGAGUGGCCUGUUUCCAUGAUGCUGUCCUUGGUUACUCAUCCAUGUUGUAUGGAUUGAAGCCGGACUCUGAUUUUGAGGCCUUCAAGGAGUCAUUGUCAAAAUUGUGGAAAGCGCUUGAUAAUGACAGAAAUAUACCAACAAAGCUGCGGGAUACAGCACGGCAUUUGGAAUGGUUAAAGACUGUAAAAGUAAGCCAUGGAUCUGUAGAAUUUUCAUCGCUGUCCCUGGCAACAUCAAUCAACGAGAAAGGGAUAUACAUCAUCAAGGCCCCAAACCAGAAAAAGCUUGCUUUGGAGACUUCCCUAAUGCUGCAACUUCAGGAUGGACAUGAGAGAAACAUGACAUGCACCUAUGAGGACCUGAAAGAGUUGCAAAAUAAGCUUAUGCUCAUGUCUGGAAGAGGGGAACAAAAUCAGACUGAAGUCGAAUGCUUUGCUGAGGUGUUUGACAAUGUCCAAAGACUUGCCAGAGUAUUUGUAGACCUUUAUUCUGCAGGGAACCCACUCUUCAGGUGUUGGGAAGCUAAGAUUUAUUGCAAAACUCAGAGUGACCCAUGCAUCAUUAUGGAAAUCAACUUUUGCAAGACCCUGCAUCACAUCCAAGUAUGUGGAAGUCUAGUUGAACAACUGACAGCACUGUCCCAGAAGAUGGAGUUGUUUCUCGAUGACUGGAGGAACUUCAUGGACCAACAGAGAUCUGAUCACUACUACUUAAACUACUUUACAGCAGAACAAAUAUUCUACUUGUGCAGUGUUCUUACUCCAACAGAUGUUAAUGCAGAAAUAGAGGACAAUGCUUUGAUGAUGUUCUCUUUUAUCAAACCAAACUGCACAAAAACAGAUGUCUGGAGCACAUGGAGAAGGUUUCACAAUCAAUUUGAACCUGGCAAAAGGACUAAUGAAGAUGUUUACUUUCAAAGUUACUUUCUCCACCAGGGUGACAGCAAUAUGUCUUCAGCUAAUGUGAGUCACUUAACAGCCAAUGAUCCAGAAGACAAGGUAGAUCAGACUGUUGGUUUGAAAGAACUGGAAGAGUUGUGGAAUGGAUACAUGAAGAAUGAGGGAAUAUUUUUUCAUGACCUUUUGGACAUUAGGAGUUUAGGGGGUUUGUUAAAAAUGAUGACUGUCACAGAAAACCAAAAUGAAAAUAAUUGGGAAGAACCAAUACUUUCAGAGACAGAAGACAAUUCACUCAGAAGAAGUCUUCCAAAAGGCCUCUCCCCAAACCAACCUAAUCUCAUAAUCUGCCCACACGAUGAGGUCCUGGCUUCAAGUAUCUGCUUGUACAUGACCACUGACCACGAGCAACUACCAAGUUAUGAUGAGGUUCUUUUGUGUACGCCUGCAACAUGUUAUGAGCAAGUAGAGCUUUUCCUGAGGAGAUGUCUCACACCAGGGGACAUUGGCCAGAAGAUGUACACAAUGCUCUGGGCAGACCAACUAACAUAUGAUGUUAGCUGUGCGAUGGAGAAGUGUUUUCAGAAACUGUGUUCCAAGUUUAAACAUCAUUACAGGCUAGUGAUCUAUUGCAGCUCUGACAGAGAACACACUUACAUUCCUACUGCAUUCAGUCAGUUCAAAAGAGACUUUGUGCCACAAGAGCCAUUGGAAAGCAUGCAGACCUACUUGUCCAGGCAUUACACUCUCACCUCAGAUCACAAGAAUGCUGUGUUCAAAGGUGGCCAUUCUGUUGGCAUUGUUGCAUCCCGACGGGCAGGAGUGGGCAAGUCAUUGUAUGUCCAAAGAUUGUAUGAAAAGCUGGAAGGAAGUGUUGAACAAGGAACUGCAUUUAAGAAGUGCAUCCGAUUAAAUGAACAUGAGGUGGAUGACCAAAAGGUUCUCCAGUCUUUGUACGAAACACCAAAGCAAAAAGAUCUCAAGGUGUUUCACUUUGAUGUCACAUCCUCGGUGCAAAAAGGCUUGAAUGAAUUCCUAUUCAAGCUAUUCUUUUUGCGGUACCUGAUGGAUUCAGAUGGACGGAUGUGGCGCUGCAGCCACAAACACUUAUACAUUAUUGAGUUACUGGAAUCCACAAAUCAUCAGCCCAGAUAUGCCUCCAGAUCUGGACGAAAGGAAAACUUUGCAUUCUCAGACGUUUUCCCUAAGGUGUAUUGUCGUCCACCAAAGGAGGUUAUGGCUUUGGAAAUGAGGAGAGAGGAAAAUGCUGAUAUGGAGAGUGACGACCCCCUCAUGGAUGAUGAAUGUUUCAUGAGUGAAGCUUAUCAAAGACCAUACCAGUACCUCACACGUUUUUACAACAAUGACAAUCUUGACAACUUCACAUACCAGGGCAAUGAAGGGACUCAUGCAAAGUGUCUUCAGAUACUCUUAAUCUACUGUGGCAUUAUAGAUCCAUCAUGGGCAGAGCUACGUAACUUUGUCUGGUUUCUUAAUCUUCAGUUAAAAGACUGUGAGGAAUCAGACUUCUGCAAAUUUGAGUUUGUUGGAGACACUCUUCGUGGGUUCAAAAACUUUGUGGUUGAGUUCAUGAUCUUGAUGUCCAAAGACUUUGCAACCCCAUCACUAUGCAUCACUGACCAGAGCCCAGGGAGGCAACAAUUUGACAUCAGUGGGCUUAAUGAAAGAGACUUAGCUCCAUUCCUCAUUAGAAAAAGGUGGGAAUCUGAACCACAUCCAUACAUCUUUUUUAAUGAUGACCACAUAUCGAUGACUUUCAUUGGGUUUCACCUGAAGCUCAAUGAGCAGAAUGGGGUUGAUGCCAUAAAUCCCUUGACAAGGGAAGUGAUCAAGAGAAACAUCAUGACCCAGGAGCUGUACACUGGCUUAAGACUUCAGAGAGUCCCUUUUAAUAGGGACUUUGAUCAGCUUCCUCGAGCUGACAAGAUUGAGCAUCUGUGCAGUGUGCUUGGCAUUAAGUGGCCAACAGAUCCUGAUGAAACAUAUGAACUGACCACUGAUAAUAUUCUCAAAAUGAUGGCAAUCCAUAUGAGGUUUAGGUGUGGCAUCCCGGUCAUCAUAAUGGGUGAGACAGGAUGCGGUAAGACAAGGCUCAUUAAGUUCAUGUGUGAAUUGAGAAGGUGCGGAGCACCCGCAGAAAACAUGAAACUGAUCAAGGUUCAUGGAGGGACUACAUCAGAAAUGAUACAUGAAAAAGUGAAGGAAGCAGAAACUCUUGCAAGGACCAAUAAAGAGAAUCAUGAAUUUGAUUCAGUUCUUUUCUUUGAUGAGGCAAACACCACAGAAGCCAUCAGCAGCAUCAAGGAAAUUGUUUGUGACAACUCUGUGCAGGGACAACAACUCGGCUCUCAAACAGGACUACAGAUUGUUGCUGCGUGCAACCCUUACAGGAAGCAUACAGACAAGAUGAUUGAAAGGCUUGAAGCAUCUGGAUUGGGCUACCGGGUCAGGGCUGAGGAGACUGACGACAGACUUGGCUCAAUCCCUCUUCGCCAGCUUGUGUAUCGUGUUCAUGUGUUACCUCCCAGCAUGAUUCCUCUCGUUUGGGACUUUGGGCAGCUCAAUGACUCAACAGAGAAAAUGUACAUUGAACAAAUAGUGCAAAGACAGGCGAAGGCCAACUUGAUUGAGGCGCAUUAUAUUCCAAAUAUAACAAAGGUUUUAUCAGAAUCACAAAAGUUCAUGAGGAAGAGGAAAGAUGAAUGCAGCUUUGUCAGUUUGAGGGAUGUUGAACGUUGCAUGCAGGUGUUUGUGUGGUUCCACAAAAAUCAUCCCAUGUUUGCUAGGGAACUGAAAACGUUCCUUCAGGAGCAAAAUCAGAGGAAGAAAAACGCAAACAAGUUUCAACCUGCUAGUGACAAAGUAAUCUGGUCACUCUUGAUGGCCACUGGAGUGUGCUAUCAGUCCUGCUUGGAAGACAAAGGGUCAUAUCAGAGAACUGUCAGCCAGUUGCUUCCUCAUGAAUACAACAUGAAAAGAUUACUGCAGGAAAUCCAACUCAUGCAUGACCUCCUACUUAAUGGUGUACCCAUGGGUAAGACAAUAGCCAGAAACGAGGCACUGAAAGAAAAUUUCUUUAUGAUGGUGAUUUGUGUUGAGCUAAGAAUUCCUUUGUUUAUUGUUGGGAAGCCAGGGAGCUCCAAAUCACUGUCCAAAACCCUAGUUGCAGAUGCAAUGCAGGGCCCUGCCUCACAUUCCGAACUCUACAAGAAGCUGAAGCAGAUACAUCUGGUGUCUUUUCAGUGCAGCCCUCAUUCCACUCCUGAAGGAAUCAUCAACACAUUCAAACAGUGUGCCCGCUUUCAGGAAAGCAAAAACUUAGAUGAAUACAUCUCAGUAGUUGUUCUGGAUGAAAUUGGAUUGGCUGAAGAUUCCCCUAAAAUGCCACUGAAAACACUGCACCCAUUACUGGAAGAGGGCUGUGUUGAUGAUGAGCCACAACCCCAUAAAAGGGUUGGGUUCAUUGGAAUUUCCAACUGGGCACUAGACCCUGCCAAGAUGAAUCGAGGAAUUUUUGUGUCCCGUGGAGAUCCAAAUGAGAAAGAGCUCAUCAAAAGUGCUAAAGGGAUAUGCUCGUCCGAAGAAAAGGUUCUUGAAAAGAUCAGACACCUCUUUGAGCCUUUUGCAAAAGCAUAUAUGACCGUAUGCAAAGAAGGCAGGGGUUUUUUUGGACUGCGGGAUUUCUACAGUCUGAUAAAGAUGGUAUUCUCAAUUACCAAAAUCACUAAUGAGAGACCUACUGCAGAUGAAAUCACUGGUGCAGUCCUGAGAAACUUCAGUGGAAAAGAUGAUGUAGAUGUGAUGGGCAUAUUCUGCAAAGAACUCAGAGAUGACUUUGCAAAUGCCAGCAUCACCACCAAUGAUUUGGUCAAUCAAAGCAUCUCUCCAGAUUGCCAAGUGGACCAAAGUCGUUACCUCUUGAUCCUGACAAAAAACUAUGCUGCUCUUCAGAUUCUCCAACAGAUAUUUUUCUCUCACAAAAUCCAUCCAGAGAUCAUCUUUGGGUCCAGUUUCCCAAAGGAUCAGGAAUACACUCAGAUUUGUAGGAAUAUCAAUCGGGUCAAGGUUUGCAUGGAAACUGGACAGACAGUUGUACUGCUGAACCUUCAGAAUCUGUACGAAAGUCUGUAUGAUGCUCUCAACCAAUACUAUGUGACCCUAGGAGGUCAAAAGUAUGUUGAUCUUGGAUUAGGAACACAUCGUGUGAAAUGCAGAGUUCACAAAAACUUCAGGCUUAUAGUAAUUGAAGAGAAAGAGGUGGUCUAUGAGCAGUUUCCAAUCCCGCUGAUUAACAGGUUGGAAAAACACUACCUUGACAUCAACACAGUCCUUAGAAAUGAGCGGAAGGACAUUGCCAGACAACUACAGCAAUGGGUAGAUAAUUUUGUUUCCUUAAGCAGUCAACACUCCAUGACAAAGCAAUAUGUUCCAAGUGAUGUCUUCAUUGGCUACCACUCUGACACAUGCUCCUCCGUGGUCUUGCAAGUAACAGAGAAUCAAAGUGCUGAAACAGAUGCUCAAACCAUUCUGGAUGAAGCCAAGGACAUUCUGCUCAAUUGUGCCACUCCAGACUCAGUUGUUCGUUUGGACAAAUCCAGACUUCCUGAUGAAGAAAGGGAACAUUUAAUGAAAGAAUAUGUAAAAGAGGAGAUGCACAGCUCAUUGGGAGACUACAUUGUCUAUCACACACAGAAGGAACAGUCCCACUUCUUCUUCACUGAGGUCACAACAUUUUCCAGGCUACUGACUGCAGCAGACACUCAUCAAUUGCAGAAUGUAACCAAACUUGAUGUCAGGCUGCUAUCACUGCAGCAGUUUGACACAGAGUAUUCUUUCCUCAAGAAAAUCAGGGAAUUUCUUGGCUCAACACCUGCAGACAAAGUGCUCAUUAUCCAAACUGACUAUGUUGAAGACUCCCACAGCAGGAAUAUUCUUUCCUCAGCCAAGUAUUCAUGCGUCAACGAAAUAAACAAGUGGGACACUACUGACAACAAACACACAAAACCAAAGGCAUUUGUGUACUUUGUCACGAAACUUCCUCGAAUCGAGGGGGGGACCUCCUAUGUUGGGUUUCAAGGCGGUCCUUGGAGGUCUGUUCACAUUGACGAUCUCAGAAGAUCAAAAGAGUUUGUGUUUGAUGUUCAUUCCUUGAAAAAUCUACGCAUAAGUGAUCUUUUUGAAGAUCCACCUGAGGCCAUGGAGACAGAAGACCACACCAGUGUGCCACAAAAUGAUGACUCUACUGUUUUGGGAGAUUUGUUUGAUACAACAGAUCUGAUGAGGAGCUGUGUGCAGAGUGCAGUGAGCAUGCUCAGAGAUGCAGCAGACAGUGGAGAACUCAGCACUCAUAGAGUUGAGAACCUGCUCACACUUCUGGAUGGAAGUCAGACAGAAGGUGUGUUUGUAAAAAUGGUGAGGAAGCGUCUCCAUUCGCUUUUAGAGGAUUAUGAGGACAGCAUCCCCAAUCCAAAAAGCUGGGUUCUGAGGGAGGCAUCUAAUGUCAAUGCUCUUCAAGAGGGGGGGACAUUCCUACACACACUGUGGAGGAAAAUCCAAGCAGUUGUUACUCCACUUCUAGCCAACUUGGUCUCAGUCAUUGACCGAGAUUGCAAUUUGGACCUUCUGCUGAAUGAGUCCGAUGACACCAGGAGCCUAUGGCUUGAGAUAUUUUCAAGCAAAGAGAUGCUCCAUGUCCCUUAUGUGAAGGUGGGAAGCAACUCCACUGUCUUCAUGGUUCAAAGUCACAUCACAUUUGGCCACACAAUGCACUGCCUCCUGCCCUUCAGCUGGUGGAUCAAAGACUUCCUGGAUGGGCUCAUGAUGCAAACAUCCAGACAUGAAAUUUGUUCACCUGUACAUUUCCAAGAGUUGUUCUUGAACACUCCUCUUGGCAGUUACAUGGCUAAAAAUGUAAAUAAAAAAAUGAAGAAAGAAUUCUACGAAAGGUACCUGCAGGAUUUUGUUUCCAUGACCAUGAAAAUGGCAUCAGAUGAAGAAUUACAGCUCUUGUAUCUGGCCCUGGGAAGCUGCGUUGAGGAAAUACGCAGACAAAAACGAGAUGAAACUGAGCUUUCUGUUUCUCACAUCCACAUCGCCUACUAUUUCUACCAAAGUCGUCUUCAGAACCUCUCACGAAUGAUAUCUCUUCAGCCUGAGGUUGUUUCUCCUUUGCGAAGAAACCAGCAUGUUAGAAAUUGUCCAGAUAUGGUUUUGGAUGUCCACGCAGCCACAGCAUGCAUUGAAAGUCUGGGGUCUCCUAAUUUAGAUACCGAUGCUCUCUGCCAUCGCUGGCUGAAGCAGGUCAAGAGGCUUCAAGCCUCUUUGGAGUUGAUUUGUUCUCAACAUAACACCAGACAAUAUGGAGGACGAUGCAAAGAAAUAAUCCACGAUGUCAGUAAUGGCUGGAAGCGCAUCUACAUUCUGUCAUUGUUUGUGGAGCACAUGCUGCUGGGUUUCCCCCAUGAGGACAAUCAGCUCAGAACACUUGUACUGAAUCACAUUAAAACCUUAAGCAAGGUUCUGGUGGGAAACUCAGAUGUAAAAUCAAUGAAGGCUUUUCAAGCUGUGAUUAAAGUCCUCAAGGACUGUAAGCAGAGGGCAAGUGAUCAGACUUUCAGGUUCGGACUCCAGUGUACGGUGUGCAUGAGGGAGCCACAGGACCCUGUAGGGUUGCCAUGUCAUCACAUCUACUGCUCCACAUGCAUCAGGGCAAACCUCGAUGCAGGACAGACUUCCUGUCCCAUUUGCAGGCAGGAGUUACCAAAUAACUUUCAGCCACAGGUGUCUGAAGAUAUCAGGACUUCUAUCAAGAAAAAUGCAGAAUUCAGGCAGCGUUGCAAUGGCUUCUUCAUUGAUCUGCUCUCCACGGUGUGCUUCAAGGACAACACACCACCAGCCAAAGAUGUCAUCAAACACCUGUUGUCCUACCUGAUGGUUGAGACAGAAAAUGAACAGAUUUACACCAAAGAUCUGUCGCCUUUUGACGAGUCACCAGAUAAAAAUCCAGUCGUGCGAUCUGUGAUCCUCAAGCUGCUGCUGAAGUUCAGCUUUGAUGAAGUCAAGGAAUAUUUGCAGCAGCAUUUGUCAUCAGUGGAAGACAGCAGAUUUGUGGAUGAGGAGGACAAAGCACAGCUUUAUGCCCUGUACAUCAACUGCUUGGAGGACUCCAUGUGGGAGAAAAUGCCUCAGGAAGGCGACAAGGCUGAAGAGUUUAAGGCAUCCUUCAAUAAUGAGAUAAAAUUUAUACGCUUCUUUUUGGCUGAAGUCACUUCUGUUCCAGCAACAGUAUCUGUUCAACAUCUGCAGCACAUCGCAAAAUUGCGUCUAUCCCUAACUGUGGCUGCCAAGCUCAUCAGUGACAGUCUGUCUGACUCUAAUGUCCCAGAUGGAGCAGAAGAUUUCCUGAACACGGUGAUUAAGCUCUGUGAGGACAGUGGGAAUGAUUGGUACCGUGUUUACCUGAUCCGUAAGCUCAGCGAAUGGCAGGGUGUUGAGUUUGUCCAGACGCUGGUGAAACAACAAGAGUUUACAUGGCUGUUCCCGAUAGAGAUCCUUCAGCAGAAUGAAGAUGGAGGCCAGAUGGACCAGUUUCUUGUGUAUGGAGAGGAAUACAAGGCGGUCAGGGAUGCAGUUGCAAAGGCAGUUGUGGAUGGUGAUGUUGACCAAAUAGAAGAAGCCUGCGAGAAAUGCACCGUGCCACCAAGGAAUCGAACAAUGUUCGUCCUCCUGGCACUUUUCAGAGAGGUUACAACUCUGUACAAAUCUGCAAAUGCAAGUCUUCAUCCGACCCCUGAGCGAUGCCAAUCAUUUGGAGAUCUCAUCCAGGGCUCAAGGUAUCUGCAUCAAAGUGAAGUAAGGGAUUUUGCUUCAGCCUUGGUUCACAACAGGUUGGGAGCUCUGGCCAUGUCUCCUGGUAACACGCUUGUAGCCAACACUGUCAUUGAGCUGACCAUCCAUCUGGCAGCCGUGCUGCUCACUCGGACUCACAACCUGGUGAUGCCACUCAAGCAACUUGGUCUGUUUCCUGAAAAUAUGCAGGGGGCAUUCAUACCCACAAUGCCUGAUGAUAUGCUAGCUGUUGCCCAGGCAGUCAUACAACAAGACUAUGGGCGGCUCACUUGGUAUAUGUGUCCAAAUAAUCAUCCAUGCUUUGUUGAUGAGUGCGGCCUGCCUAUGCAACGAGGCCGAUGUCUGGAGUGUGGCCAGGAGGUUGGAGGGGACAAUCAUUCAGCCUUACCUGGAUUCACACCAAUUCAACUGCAGCAGGAUCACACAAGGCCUGGGCACAUCCUGGGAGACCCUGAGCGGAGAAACAAUCUAGAUGCCCUGGACACCAAAAACAUGUCUCUGACUCCCUUCACUCUAGUUAGGCUGGUUACACAUUUGGCCAUGUUACUGGGAGCAUCAGAGAAGUCCCAGUUUGUCCGGCGCAUCAUCCAGCCACCAGUGGAAGAUGUUGGUUUGUUUCUUUCUCUACACAUAAUGAAGGAUCUGGAUCAGCUGUCACAGGCACUGGGACGAGGAGCUGACGACACUGUUACAACUGUCCACUUGGUGAUCAAAUCCCUGCAUGAGCUAGUGCAGGCCAGUCACUCUGGUAUUGAUCCUUCUCUAACAACCAAAGUAUCCAGAAACACCUGGGAGACUACUGUGGCUGCAGAUAUUAUGACGCCUCGGCUGAGGGAUCUUGAUCAACUCCUGCAAGAUGCAAAGGGCAGCAUCAGGACUGAUUCCCGUGUUUCUUCCAACUUCAUAAUGAGGACUACCUUCGGUGAUGAUUGCUCCUUCCUGACGUCUCUGGCUCUGGGCUCUCAGGUCCACAGCUCAGCAGUUUGGAGCUGCAGAGAGAGGCUGUCAGUGCUCACCCUCACACACAUUGUGGAGCAGCAUGACCAAAAGGAGGAGCUGCCUCUUCUCUGGAGGUUCCUGCAGAAGGAGAGAGAAUUUCGGCAGAUUAAGUUCCUUCCAAACAUCUUAAACCUGCAGAGACGCUUGGUGAGAAAGUUCCAGAACGCAUCUGACCAGAUUGUGGGCUCCAUCAGAGAGUUCAUUGAAGGGCAAAGAGAAAUGAAGACAUGGUAUGACAAACACAUUGACAUCUUCCUGAAAACAUGGAAUCUACUGAAAGAGUCUGUAGCUAGCCAUGAGCUAAAGAUCCCAGAUGAAUUUUGCAGCGAGGAUUUGGACCUGAACAGUGACUUGCAGUACCUCCUGCCUCGGCGGCAAGGUCCAGGCCUGUGUGCCACAGGGCUGGUCAGCUACCUGGUUGCGUUACACAAUGAGCUGGUGAAUGCUGUGGAUAGCCACACCGGAGAGGACAGCAGCAGUUACAAAGUGAGUGUGGCAGAGCUAACGGAGCAGCAUGUGAUCCACUAUGAGGUGGAGAAAGACCUGCUUCCUCUAGUUUUAUCCAACUGCCAGUACAGCUUGGAGCGUGGCCAUGAGACAAUAUCACAAUAUGACCUGCCCAGGAUCCAGCAGCAGAUCCUCACACGCUUCCUGCAGGGAAAACCCCUCAUCACCCGCACAGGAAUUCCAACCCUGGUCAAAACACAAGAGAGAGACUAUGAAACCAUUUUCAAAGCAGUGAAAGGGAAAGUGCGUCAGGAUGCUUUGUCCUCUCUGAUCCGUAACGCCUUGUCCAGAGAGCUGGACUCUUACAGUGACGUUUGUGAGGCUCUGAAGAUUGUGGAGCUGCUCCUCGGUUUCCUCUCAGUGACUGGUGGUGAUCCCGUGAUGUCGCUGGUCAGUUACCUCCAAGACAACCUGAAGAUGGUUGACCACAUCGAUCAUCACAUUUCGCAGGCUCUGAGCAGAUGCAGACUCAGACACUGUGUUUCUCUUUGGCAACUCCUCUCCUCCCUCAAAUCUGAAAAAAUGCUGCAUCUCAAGAGGGAGCCCUUUUCGGAGUAUCCAGCUGAGUAUCAGAUGCCGCUGAGAGAGGAAGACAAGAUUGAGCUGAAGGGGUUCAUGUCCAGGGGAAACGUGGACCAAUGGCUGCUUGAGAUGCACGAGUUCCUCCUGUUGAAUCUGGGCCGCCUGCGGGCCACUGAGGACUUCAACCCAUCCUGGGGUGUGAAAGAGACUGUGGCUGCCUACAUGGACCGUAAAGAAGUGGAGGUGCCUCUUUACGUGGAAGACAAGUUUCCUGAAGGUCUGCAGCUCUCCAAGAUUGUGGAGACCUGGAAAUACGCCAUCACAGCCAAACAGGAAUGGAUGAUGGAGGGAUGAAUUGGAAGAGUUUAGAGAAUUUGAUUUAACCUUUUGUACCUUUUUGCUUUUUUUGGAUCGUGACAGUGAAGAUGAGAGGAUGACAUAGAGCAAAGGGCCCAUAUUUGGUAUACGCUCUACACAGUGAGCUACCAGGGGGCCCAACAUUUUCCUAUUUUUUAUAUUUUUCUGUUAUUGAAUUUUGUAUGAAGGAUACAACUCAAGGCUCUUUAAAACCAAUGAAGCAUACCAAGAAUGAUUAAACCUGAAUGAAGAAAGCUUUGAAUAUAUACAGUUUAUUUAGUUUUAACAUGAGCCAGCUGAUCAUUUACUACAGUUUAUCAAUAUAGUUGAAAUAAUUAAAACAAAAAGUACUGUUUAAACCUCAUUUGAAGAGGACAAUAUUGUAUGCCUUUCACAAACAUAGACGUGUUUUAUAUUAUUUGUUUCAGGAUUAUUUUUAACAUCUUUUGGAUAAAGUUUAUUUCAUUGUUUGACCACCAUUUUAUAGUCAAGAUAAUGAAUCUGCAGGGUGGUGCAAUUAACGUUUUACUUUUAUUACUUUUAUCUUAAAAGAAAUCUUUAAAAGAAACCAUGGUAGAAUUAUCAGACACAUAGCUGAAAAGGUUUGUGUGGAAGAGAUUGGAUAUUGUUUGAUGUCUUUGAUUUAUCUGAUUUAUGUUUUGUUUUCUUUCUUCAGUCUCGACAUGUUUUAGGUUUUAGAGUCUAGAGACAAUCAUGGUCAUAGUGUGUGACCACAAGGAUGUUUAACCGCCUGGAUAUGUGUGUGUGUGUGUGAACUCUUCACUGAAGUUUUCUAGUUUCAGAAAAUCUAAAAUCCUUUUUAAACCUUCUAAGUCUUAUUUUUAAGACUCCAUAAGCAGGAAGUGUGAAGUUUUAUAGUUAAGAUAAUGAAUCGUGUGGUGGGAUUAACUUUUUAUUUUUAUUAUACAUUUAUGUUUUACUUUUUUAUUACAAAAAUAUUUUAUCUUAAAAUAAAUCUUUAUAAGAAAUCAUUAAAAGAAAUUAUGGUAGAAUUAUCAGACACAUAGCUGAGAAGGUUUGUGUGGAAGAGAUUGGAUAUUGUUUGAUGUCUUUGAUUUAUCUGAUUUAUGUUUGGUUUUUUGUUCAGUCUCGACAUGUUUUAGGUUAUAAGAAGAAAAUAUUGUAUGCCUUUGAUAAACAUAAAUGUUUUUAUUAUCAGUUUCAGGAUUAUUUUUUACAUCUUUUGGAUAAAGUUUAUUUUAUUGUUUGACCACCAAAAUGUUAUAGUCAAGGUAACGAAUCUGCAGGGUGGUCAUUUAACUUUUUACUUUUAUUACACAUUAUUUUUUAAUCUUAAAAGAAAUCUUUAAAAGAAAUCAUGUUAGAAUUAUCAGACACAUAACUGAGAAGAUUGUGUGGAAGAGAUUGGAUAUUGUUUGAUGUCUUUGAUUUAUCUGAUUUAUGUUUGGUUUUUUUGUUCAGUCUCAACAUGUUUAAGGUUUAAGAGUCUAGACAAUCAUGGUCAUAGUGUGUGACCACAAGGAUGUUUAACAGCCUGGAUAUAUGUGUGAACUCUUCACUGAAGUUUUCUAGUUUCAUAAAAUCUAAAAUCCUUUUUUAAACAUUUUAAAUCUUAUUUUUAAUAAAACUUUUAGAAUGUCAGACAAGUCAAAUAAUAAUGUGUUUUACCAGGUUCACCUGCAAGCAGUAUAAUGUUCAUAUGUUUGUUUUUAUUAAAGCGGUGAUUAUUACA